AUGCUAGCCUCAGUUCUUCUCGUAUUCUCACCACUGCUAUGCGCAGCACAGUGGAGCAAUGUGUACGAAAACUUGGCGCUGGACGAUCUUGGAGCUCCUGGUUACACUUGUGCUGCGGACCUGAUGAAGCCAAGUAAGACUAUUCCCAAAAAUGUGAAUUCCGUUCGACCAGCCGAUAUCAAGGUGGUUAUGGCACUUGGAGACUCGCUUACGGCAGCCAAUGGCGCUGGUGCCGAAGAUCCUCUGGGUGUUGUGCUGCAGUACAGAGGACUAGCUUUUCAAGCCGGUGGAGACAAAUCUCUCGAUGAACAUGUGACGAUUCCUAAUAUUCUUCGUAAAUACAAUCCUAACCUGUUUGGUUACUCGAAUGGAAUCGGAUCACCUAAUGUAUGGGAAGUGGCUAGGCUGAACGUAGCCAUGCCUGGUGCCGAGGCAAAAGAUCUGCCAGGUCAAGCGCAACAACUUGUUGGUCUGCUCCAAACACAUCCGGAGAUUAACUCGUAUGACUUUUGCUCUGCCGGUCCCUGGCUUUCCUAG